UCCCGCUCUACUAUUCCCUCCAACCAUACUCCAACACAUAAACACAACAAACAAACAAACAUCACACCAAUAUAGUUUCCAAACUCAAACAUGGGAAACUGCAUCGUUGGGUCCAAUGCAGAUUCUGAUUCAACCAUCAAAGUAAUAACAUCAAACGGUGGAAUCAUGGAGUUCAGUGCUCCAUUAACAGUAACUUUCAUCACCAACGAGUUCCCUGGUCAUGCCAUAUUCAGAAGCCAUGAUCUCUUUUGGAAGCCACUCAGCCAGUUCGAUGAGUUAGAACCAGGACAAUCAUACUAUUUGCUUCCGAUCAACAACAAAAACACAGAAUCUCCAAAUGGUAGUCAUGGAAGUGAUUAUGAACAUGUUGUAAGACAAGGACAUGUUAGAUCUCAUAGUGUUCCAACAACCUCGUACCCUGCUCCAUAUAGAAUGUCUUUAGAUUACCAACACAACCUAGGGAUGAGGUUUCUUAAGAAGUCUUCUGUAGAAUCUUUGUCUUGUAGAAACAGGUUUUGGAAAGUGAAGCUUGUGAUUAGUCCAGAAGAGUUGGUGGAAAUUUUGGCGCAAGAGGGUCGAACAAAAGAGUUGAUAGAAAGUGUAAGGAUUGUAGCAAAAUGUGGUGACAUUUCAUCUGCAGCUGAAGACAUUGUUUCUGAUCAAUGGAGCCUUUCAAACACCAGUUGGAGCAUUUCUUCUAAAACAAAAUGAACAAGUAAUUUAUGAAACAUUAAUGUCUUUUUCUGUGAAUUUUCUUUUUGUUACUUUUGCUACAAUACUUUUUUUUAUAUGUAUGCAAUUAUGUAUGUAUCAUAUUUUGUUUCUUCUAUAUAAAAUUCAAUGUAGAUUCACUCCUUUUUUUUCAUAUGACAUUGUAGAAUUUAUGAUUAAUUGUGUGUUGCAGAACACUUUAUUUCUGUUCUA